GGGCCUGGCAUCCUCCUGGAAGGCACAGGAGAACAGACCACUGAUCAUCAUGAGUGGGCGAGUUGGGGACCUGAGCCCCAAGCAGGCAGAGGCCCUGGCCAAGUUCCGGGAAAACGUCCAGGACAUACUGCCCAAUGUACCCAACCCUGACGAUUAUUUUUUCCUGCGUUGGCUCCGAGCUCGAAACUUUGACCUGCAGAAGUCAGAAGCCAUGGUCCGCAAGUAUGUGGAGUUCCGGAAGAACAUGGACAUCGAUCACAUCCUCGACUGGCAACCCCCGGAGGUGAUCCAGCAGUACAUGCCUGGGGGCCUCUGCGGCUAUGACCGGGACGGCUGCCCCAUCUGGUACGACAUCAUUGGCCCCCUGGACCCCAAAGGGCUCCUCUUCUCCGUGACCAAGCAGGACUUUCUCAAGGCCAAGAUGCGAGACUGCGAGCGCAUCUUACGCGAGUGCGACCUGCAGACUGAGAAGCUUGGGAAGAAGAUUGAGACCAUCGUGAUGAUCUUUGACUGUGAAGGGCUGGGCCUGAAGCACUUCUGGAAGCCCUUGGUGGAGACGUACCAGGAGUUCUUCAGUCUUCUGGAAGAGAACUACCCUGAGAGGCUCAAGUUCAUGCUCAUUAUAAAGGCCACCAAACUAUUCCCCGUGGGCUACAAUCUCAUGAAGCCCUUCCUGAGCGAAGACACUCGCAGGAAGAUUGUCGUACUGGGAACCAACUGGAAGGAAGGUUUGCUGAAACUCAUCAGCCCUGAGGAGCUGCCUGCACAAUUUGGGGGAACAUUGACUGACCCUGAUGGGAACCCAAAGUGUGUAACCAAGAUCAACUACGGAGGCGAGAUCCCCAAAUCCAUGUACGUGCGAGACCAGGUAAAGACCCAGUAUGAGCACUCGGUGCAGAUCAGCAGGGGCUCCUCUCACCAGUUGGAGUAUGAGAUCCUCUUCCCUGGCUGCGUUCUCAGAUGGCAGUUCAUGUCAGAUGGGGCAGAUGUAGGCUUUGGGAUAUUCCUGAAGACCAAGAUGGGGGAGCGACAGAAAGCUGGGGAGAUGACGGAGGUGCUUGCCAGCCAGAGAUAUAAUGCACACAUGGUCCCUGAGGAUGGGAGCCUCACCUGCACUGAGCCUGGCGUGUAUGUCCUGAGGUUUGACAACACCUACAGCUUUGUUCACACCAAGAAGGUCAGCUUCACAGUGGAGGUGCUGCUCCCAGAUGAAGGAAUGCAGAAGUAUGACAAGGAGUACACACCCAUCUAGUCAUCAGAACAUAAUGGGUUGGGGGGCAAGAGGGUCAGUCAAAGCAAGGGAAGUGAGUGGUGAGGAAUGGACAACUCACAGUACACCCCUAUUCACUAUACUCUAUCAUUCACCUCUAUAAGACACCUAUGUGGUGGGAAGGAGGUAGUCUGUCAGUUAAUUAUACUCUCAAUUACCUCUUUUGGUUGGUUAAUUAUAUGGUUACUGCCCACGUAGGUUCACUGGGUAGCCCUGUGAGUGCAGUAGACAGGGGAGAGGUGUUCCCUCAGUAAACUGUGCUCUCAGUUUCCUCAUAGACUCUCUUGGUUAUUGCUAGAGGUUAAUAACACCAUUAGGUAGCUCUCUAGGUAAACUAUAAUCUGUCCAUUAUCUCUAGAGACUUUCUUAGCUGGGUCUACAAGGUAACUACACCCUUUGGGGUAGUUCUGUACAUUCAAUCAGUUUCCUCUUUGGACUCUAUCCAUUAUUUCUGUAUAUUAAUCUCACUUUGUUGGGCAACCUAGCGUUAAUUAUACUCAGUUUAGGGGAGUGGGGCUCUGUAGUUUACUUGACAAGGUCAGUUCUCCUCAAUCAAUUGCCCUCUGCCAAUUUCCAUUGGUCAGUUCCUCUCUGUCAAUUCCCCUCUGCCAAUUUCCCUUGGUUAAUUCCUCUCUGUCAAUUGCCUUCUGCCAAUUCCCCUCAGUCAGUUUUCUUGGUUAUCUCUAGAGGUUAAUAACAGUGUCAGUUACUUCUGUAGAUUAACUUAGCAAAGUCAGUUUC